AUGAAUUCAAGCGUCGAGGAACAAAUUCAAUCUUUCAAGGAAUCACAUAAUCGGCUCACUGCAGUACUUCGUGAGCGUCAAAAACGCCGCAAAUUGCAAUUAAGCUCUGUGGAAGAAUUUAAGAAAAUUUCCUCAAAUA